UUGUUUCUUUCCUCCGGUUUACACAAAGUGAGAGGUUGUGCUUUAAAAUAAAGUGGAGAAACUCGGCGUAAGUGUAGCUGUCCUCGCAGUCCAGACGUAGAUUGGGUACGUGAAGAACAAGGAACAAAGACUUUAAUGGACUUUUAAGGACUUUUUCCAGCACGCAGCCCCUGUCCGACCCCGUAAUGAGUGGCACAGUAGCAGAGGGCCGCCUGCAGGUCCUUCAGAUCUACCGUCUGCUGCAGUGCGUCCAUGAAGGGGAUAAGGGGCAGAUAGAGAAGAUGGUGAACCUCGGGGUUGAAAACCUCAUCAAUCUCACCGAGCCAAAAGACGGCACAGGGGUGCUACACGUGGCAGUUUCCGCCAACAAUCAGGACCUGGUCAGCUUCCUUCUCUCCCAGGGAGCACACCCAGACAUCCAGGACAAGAAGGGUCGCACCGCGGCCAUGUUAGCCGCUGAGCAGGGCAAUGAUGCCAUAGUAGCACUGCUGACCCAGAGCAAUGCUAACCUGAGGCUACAAGACACCGAGGGCAAAGGUGUAUUGUUUUACUGUAACUACCCCACCAAUCGCCACACCCACUGCCUGCAGGUAGCGCUGAAGUGCCAUGCAGACGCCAACAAUGUGUCAGCGCAGGGGAAUCAUGUCUUCCAGUUGAUGUGUGAAAAAGCCCAGGAGUGCACCCCCCUAUGUCUCAUCAUGCUGGGUGGAGGGGCAGACCCUAAUGCAACAAAUCAGAAAACCGGCGUCACAGCGUUAAUGGAGGCAGCCAAGGCCGGAUCCCUGCAGCUUGUUAAAACCAUUCUCAAGAAAGGGGGAAACCCUAACGCCCUGGACAAAAAACGCCUCACAGCAGUACACUAUGCCGCAAUGGGGGGCUUUUUUGAGGUGCUUCAGGUGCUGUCUGCAUACUCAGCAGACAUGGGUGUGAUCAAUAUGGAUGACUGCACACCCCUACACUACGCUGCUGCCACAGGAAACGCUAACUGCUGCAAGUUCCUGGCACAGAGAGGUUGUAACCCCAAACUGAAGAACCAGGAAGGUUUUCUGCCACGUCAGAUUGCCAAAGACGCUGGUCACAAAGCAGCAGCCAAGGAGCUAAGGAAAGCCGAGAGGCAACAGGGAAAAGGCAAGAAAUCCAGCGAGGUCGGCCUCAUGUCAGACCCUUGGGUCCUGACCCUCCACGACUGGUCUUACGAGUAUGAGACUGAAUUAUGGCAAGCCUUUGGGAACAAAUCAGACACAGUUACCACUGAGAUGUUUAUUUCAGUGUUAGAAGAACUAAAAGCUCCAGUCGAGCUAGACCAGCUCCAUACAGUUAUCUUAGCCCAUGACAAGGGAAGAGAGGGCCGUAUCAACAUUAAUGAUUUCAUCAAAGGUGUCAAGUACAUCAAGAAACCAUUCCUCCUCUCCUCUUAUAUGCCUAAAAAGAAAAAGGGAGAAAAGGGAGGAAAAGGAGGGAAGAAGAAAGGUAAAUUUGUCCUCCCCUUGCCCAUUUGCACCCUCCCACCUGAGCUUAUGCCCCGGCGACCAGAUGGAGGCCCACCCCACUUCAUGAUUGAGACAUACUACAACUGUUCAGACAUCCGUCGGUUCGACCCUGAUCACCCACCAGAACAUCCCAUAAUGAAUGACUCAGGAUGGUACCUCCAAAAGCCAGACAAGGUCUACGUCAAUAUCAACUACUGUGUGAAAAGUGGAGACCUGGAGACUCUGGACCUCGCUCUCAGUCAGGGGGUUCCUGUAGAUGUUAGAGAUCAGUUUUACAAGACCCCGCUGAUGGCAGCCUGCUCCAGUGGCAACUACGAGGUGGCUCAGUACCUCCUCAGUCGGGG